AAGAGUGAUCAAUUUUACGAUGAGCCGUUUUCUACCGUGGAACUGAGGAAUGGUCCACUUGGUCCUGGAAACGGACCUAUCGGACCGACCGGUCCGGUUCCCGGGCAAGCCGAAGGAACCGGUGGAAAUUUUCCAAAAAUCGGGAGGUGAAUAAGGGACGCAUAUUUGAUUAUACGAUUGGAGAGAUUCGUGCCCAAUUCUCGGGGACAAAUCCGAGCCGAAAAUCAGGGAUUGUAGAUCACCAAUCGAAUUCUUCGAGGAACGAAAAUCCCCACAAUCACGAAUUCAAAUUUUUCGCAACUUCGAAUGAUGCGUGGGAGAGAUGGAAACUUCCAGCUCUCUCUUUUCAAGUUGUCGGAGAGCAAAAAGGAGGUUCUUUUCUCUGAACUCCAGGGGUGGAAAAAAAAGAAUAGCAACAUCUUGAUAUCCAUCUCGAUCUAAAAGGAUCGAUUUUGAUAAUUCCCCUGAGCUGAAUUCCAAGAAUUACAGCUACUCUCAGUCUCCAGUAUCCAUUGAAAGAGCACCAAUCUUUGCUCUCUUGCAGAUUCAUGGAGUGAGAAAGGGCACACUGAUGAUGCAGAUCCAAGCGAGACCCCACGUUGGGUUCUUCGUCCCGUUUGCCCUGCAUCGAUCCCUCUCGUCGCUUCCUCCGCAUCCAGCCGCCUGACCCACGGUUCACUCAGUGUGGCAUUGACCGGCUUUCUUGUUCUAUAUGUCGAUUACAAGCUACUAUAUGGAAACUAGCUAGGCACCAGUACAGAGGUAUCUGCUUUGGCCAAUACUAUCUCGAUUUGUCAGAUCCUAUUUAUUGCCUGCUUUCAGAUUCAUACAUUAAACUCUCAACUCUUCCCCCAGUUACCACAUUAUCAACAAGCAAACACAUAUUCCGACCAAAAAGAGAAAACAAGCAAACACAUUCAAAACUCAAAGAUGCUCACCAUCUCAGACGAGAAACUCUUCCGCACUUGCCUCCUCACUCUCUACCUCAUUGCACCACCCACCUUCAUCUCCCUACGUUACAUCCAAGCCCCUUAUGGCAAGCACCACCGCUCGGGGUGGGGCCCCACCAUCUCCCCGGCCCUUGCUUGGUUCCUCAUGGAAAGCCCCACUCUUUGGCUCACGCUUUUGAUAUUCCCAUUUGGCAGAAACUCCUCCAACCCCAGAUCCCUCAUUCUCAUCUCCCCUUUCCUCUUUCACUACUUCCACCGAACGAUCAUAUAUCCUCUACGUAUCCGAUCAAGCAGUGGACAGAAAAGUACUCAACCGAAUGCCGCGAAUCGUUUUCCAGUCGCUGUGGCCCUCAUGGCAUUUGGGUUCAAUCUCUUGAAUGCUUACGUUCAAGCCAGGUGGGUGUCUAAUUACCAGAGUGAUGGUGCUGCCGGUGGGUGGUGGUAUUGGGGGAGAUUUUUGGUGGGGUUGGUGAUAUUUGUGAGUGGGAUGUGGAUGAACGUGUGGUCGGACAUGGUGCUGGUGGGGUUAAAGAGGGAAGGGAAAGGGUAUAGAGUGCCAAGAGGAGGGUUGUUCGAGUUUGUGAGCUGUCCCAAUUAUUUGGGAGAGAUUGUGGAGUGGCUGGGAUGGGCUGUGAUGACAUGGUCUUGGGGCGGGUUCGGGUUCUUCCUCUACACGUGCGCCAACUUGGUGCCUCGGGCUCGUGGAAACCACAGGUGGUAUUUGGAUAAGUUUGGGGAGGAGUACCCAAAGAGUAGGAAAGCUGUCAUUCCAUUCUUGUAUUGAUCAUUCAUGAGGAUACUUGCAAACAGGGGAAUGAAAGAUAUGGAUGAAACUGGGAGUGAUUUGUACCCAGCGUUUCUUCUUGUUAGAGCUUUUCCAAGAAUGAUUUGUAAUCCCCCUAAAUAAGGGAGUUGAUAUUGAUCAGUGGAUAUUGCUUACUAUGUUGUGCAAUUCUGAAGUAUGAACACCAUUGGCAGCCUGAUUUUAUGUAAGUAAGAGUUGAAUCUGGUCAUUAUUACACCCGAUUUUGUUA